GCGGGAGAGAGCUCCUACCUCCUUAGAUUAGGCGGGAAUAUCCCCACUUAAUCAGGACGAUCGCGCGGGAAAAUUUCACCACUCACUCACUCACACUGCCCGAGCCUGAGAGAGAGAGAAAGAGCGAGAGCAAGAAAAAUAUGGUGGGAAUGGCCUACGAUUGCUUUGCCAACCCUCUUGGGGCCGUACGAUCGACCUUCGACAAAGCCAUAGCUACCGGGGCCGACCCGGCCUCCUUUGCCGGCGCUGACUGGGGAGCUUUAGAUGUCUUCCGCCAAUUUCUCUCUGAUCAAAAUGGUCUAUCUCAGGUUCCUAUUCUGAAUAGCAGAACUAUAAGUUGGAUUAAGCCCAACACUUUGGUGAGAUUCCGGGGUAUGAUACAAGACAUGUUGGGGAAUGAGUUUUACGUCGGUGCUUACAAGGAUGGUACUGUGUGGAGAACCAACAAGUUUACGGAUGUUUCUCAAUCUCCAUUGGGUUCUUCUUCAGAUAUGCGAAUUUGGGAACGACGCUUGCUAUACUGUGUCCCGGUACCGGGCCAGAAUUCAUGGGCUGAAUCUUCUUCUGAUGCAAACGUGUAUAGAAGCAUGGACUGGGCAUCUCCACAAAGAGAGAAGCGCCCGAGAUUGGACGAGGAAUCUCUUGAUAUCAUGGAUACACUUGACUCUGGUGAUGUGAUUGAGGGUUCUCCUAGCACCAAAAAGAUGAGGGAAGAUGGACAUCCUUCACAGGAUACUCUGCCUCAAGAAUUAAUUGCGGGCACCUGCUCCAGUGCAAGUGUUAUACCUAAUAAUGAGAAAGGUUCUCUUCCUUGUCUUGUCAAGAUAUAUGACACGCCAGAGUCUGACAUAAAGCUAAAUGAGGUUUUUGAGUUUAUUGGUGUCCUCACACCAGAUUCAGAUGAUAAAGUCGAUAAAGUUGAGCAUGAUGAAUUUGAAAAUGGCUUCACGGAAGAUGAUGCCCUUGUGCAUUUACCCCGAAGCAAGGUACCGUACCUUCACUGUUUCAUUCAUCGGAAGCUUGCUGUUCAUGACUUUAUCCAGAGUUCUCCUACAUUGGAGCCAAAGCCCCAGGUCAUUAAAGAGAUGAGGGAAGCUCUCCUGAGACAUCUGACAGAUGUUCUUGGCAAUGAUGGCUUAGCUGCUCAUUUCAUACUAAUGCAUCUUCUGUCAAAAAUUCAUUCUAGGGAUGACAUUGUUGCUGUGGGGAAUCUUUCGCUAAAUCUCACCGGUUUCAGCAAAGAAACUGUUUCUGUGUUUGGCACUCAACUUAGCCUUGCAAUAAAGAACCUCCUACCUUUCACUCAUUAUAUGCCACUAACAGUUGGGUAUCUCAAUACUGCUUCUCUUGCUCCCAAGAAGGAUUACGAGGCAAAUAGACUGAUAACCGGGAGUCUGCAGAUUGCAGAGGGCUCACACUUGAUUGUUGAUGAGACCCGAUUGGAAGCAGGAACCCUCAACUCUGUUGGGGUUGACAAUGCAAGAUUGCUUAAACAUUUAAUGGUGAUGCACAAGGUGGAGUACGACUUUAAGUACUACAAAAUGGAUAUGGCAGCAGAUAUCCAGUUGCUUAUACUUUCUGAGGGGAAAUCAAACAUUUGUCCUGCUGAUUUAGUUUUACCUUUCCGGCCUUCUUCAGUUGCUUCUUCUCAAGCAUCCACAGAAGCAGUAGAAGCUUGGAGAUGGUACUUGGCUACACUUAGAACAUUGGCUCAUUCUAUAGAUUCAGAAAUGCAGACGGUGAUAGAAAAUGACUUGGUGGAAGCAAGGCAAGCAGAUCGGAGCUUGGGUAGCCAAGAUUUUAGCAGAUUGUUGACAAUGGCUCGUCUAAUGUCCAUGAGUUAUGGGGAAACAUCUCUCUCUUUAGAGCAUUGGCAGAUGGUGAAAGAACUAGAUAGGCUCCGACGAGAGAGGCUCAAGUGAAUGGUUUCCCAAUUGAUAUUUGCUAUCUGUGUAAAUUAUACUGAUAACGUUUCACCAUUUCGUGGAAUUUUUUUUCUUUUUUUGGAGGGGAGCUAUUUGGUGGUUCAGUUCAAUGGAAAUUUUGAUAAUUUAAAGGACAAAUGUGACAUGAGAACUGAUGCAAUAUUUUUUGCUA